AAUAACACAACUUUUACCUCCCAUUCUCUUACCAAUCCCUCAAACCCAUCCUUCUAUUUAUAUAUCCAUAAGACGAUACACACAAUAAAGCACCGCUCGAGUCACAAGAAGAAGAAAAACAGAGCAACAUUUUAAAAUUUCCAUUCAAACAAAUGGAACCACCCAAAACUCUCAAUUAUCUCUCUCAGGAAAAGAUCCUCCAGUCAAGUUUCAUUCGUGACGAAGACCAGCGUCCAAAAGUUGCUUACAAUAACUUCAGUAAUGACAUUCCAGUCAUUUCUCUAGCUGGAAUCGACGAUGAAGGUGGUCGUAGAACAGAGAUUUGUAACAAUAUUGUAGAGGCUUGUGAGAAUUGGGGUAUUUUCCAGAUUGUUGAUCAUGGUGUUGAUCGAGAGCUUAUUUCUGAAAUGACACGUUUUGCUAAAGGCUUCUUCGAUUUGCCACCGGAAGAGAAGCUUCGAUUUGACAUGUCAGGUGGUAAAAAGGGUGGCUUCAUUGUCUCAAGUCAUCUCCAAGGAGAAGCAGUGAAGGAUUGGAGAGAAUUAGUGACAUAUUUUUCAUACCCAAUUAGAAACAGAGAUUAUUCAAGGUGGCCAGACAAGCCAGAAGGGUGGAAAGAGGUAACAGAACAAUACAGUGAGAAACUAAUGGGUUUAGCGUGCAAAUUAUUGGAGGUUUUAUCAGAGGCUAUGGGUUUAGAAAAGGAAGCUCUUACAAAAGCAUGUGUUGAUAUGGAUCAAAAGGUUGUGAUUAAUUUCUACCCAAAAUGCCCUCAACCUGACCUUACUCUUGGGUUGAAAAGACACACUGACCCUGGGACAAUUACUCUCUUGCUACAAGACCAAGUUGGUGGCCUUCAAGCUACUAAGGAUAAUGGUAAGACGUGGAUCACCGUUCAGCCAAUUGAAGGUGCUUUUGUUGUUAAUCUUGGAGACCAUGGUCAUUAUCUAAGUAAUGGAAGGUUUAAAAAUGCUGAUCACCAAGCAGUGGUGAAUUCAAACUACAGCCGUUUAUCUAUAGCCACGUUCCAAAAUCCAGCACCAGAUGCAACUGUGUACCCUUUGAAGAUUAAAGAAGGAGAGAAAUCUAUUAUGGAAGCACCAAUAACUUUUACAGAAAUGUAUAGGAGGAAGAUGAGUAAGGAUCUUGAAAUUGCUAGAAUGAAGAAACUUGCUAAGGAAAAAGAGCUUAGGGACUUAGAGAAGGCAAAACUUGAGGGCAAGCCUUUGAAUGAGAUUCUUGCUUAGACUUAAUUUAUAGCACUAUUAUUAUUAUUAUUAUUAUUUAUUGUUCCUUCAACUCUGUGUUUUGUUGAAUAAUUAAUUAUGCUUAAUUUGGUACUUAGUUGAUUCAUAUUAAUAAAAAAAUUAAGCAUGUUGGAGGCCUCAA